CUGCCGCCGAAAACUGUUGGGUGACACGACAAAUCGCCCAAACUUCAACGCAGCGGACGAUGGUGUGGAGUUGGUGGUUGGUGGCAGCGGUGGUUGCUGCUGGGGUGUGCUUGCGCGCCCUUGUGGGCUUGGGCGGCCACUCUGGGUUUGGCAACCCGCCCAUGCACGGUGACUUUGAGGCACAGCGCCACUGGAUGGAGAUUACAUACCACACGCCAGUAAAGGAGUGGUACUUCAACACGACAAACAACGACCUGCAGUAUUGGGGGUUGGAUUACCCACCACUGACUGCGUACCACAGCUGGGUCUGCGGAUGGCUCGCGCACAAUGUCCUCAACCCGACGUGGGUGGCAUUGCACGCCUCACGUGGCGCGGAAUCUGGGGAGGUCCGCCUCUUCAUGCGCAGCAUGGCCUUGCUGGCGGAUGUUCUCGUGUUCCUCCCCGCGGCUGUCGCGUACGCAAAGGUGGCUUUUGUUCAGCGCCAGUCAGAACAGAAGCGACGCAGCGCCGGCUUGGCAGUAGCAACAGCAACAGCAGCAGGGGAUGCCAUGGGCGUCCUGGCGGCCCUCGUCUUCAACCCAUGCUUUGUCUUGAUUGACCACGGCCACUUCCAGUUCAACGCCAUCAGCCUUGGGCUGGCGCUGUGGGCGGUCGUCUGCGUGCGCACUGGGCGCCACCUUCUGGGCAGUGCCCUGUUUGUGCUGAGCAUCUGCUACAAGCAGAUGUCCCUGUAUUACGCGCCAGUGUUCUUCUUCAACCUGCUUGGGUCGUCAUUCCAAGCACAGGGCAGACAAGGAUGGCUCACCUGGUUCUUCAGCAGCUGCUGCCGGGUUGCACUCAUUGGUUUCGUUGUCGUUGCCUCCUUUGCCAUCUGCUUCCUUCCUUUCAUCUUCGACUGGACGCAGUUCUCUCAAGUGCUGCAUCGGAUGUUCCCGCUUGCUCGCGGGCUGUUUGAGGACAAGGUUGCCAACGCGUGGUGCAUUGCCGACGUUGUCCUGAAGUUCAGGAGAAACUUUGACAACACAACACUUGCCCGCUGCAGCCUCGUUGCGACCGUCACUGCGUUUCUGCCUUCAUGUGUGCACACGUGCUUUCGCCCAACGCAACGAAACUUCUCGCUCGCACUCGUCAACUGCUCCCUAUCCUUCUUCCUCUUCUCGUUCCAGGUGCACGAGAAGAGCAUACUGCUCGCUGCGCUGCCAAUCGCACUCGUUGCCCACCGCUUUCCCGCCGUCGCCACCGCGUUCAUGGCCACCGCCACAAUCACGCUCUUCCCGCUCCUGCACAAGGACGGGCAAUCGCUGCAGUUUGUGAGCUGCCUUGGUGUCGCUCUGUCGAUCCACGCGCUGGCAUUCUUCCAUCGCCUCUCUGCCAUCAAGAUCGCAGCGGUCCUCGUGAGCGUGGUUGUCGGUGCAGGGCUGUGUGUUGUAUAUGUGGUUGUGCCGCCGCCAGCACGCCUGCCAGACCUGUGGUCGCUCGCCAUUGCGGCAUAUGGCUUUGUGCACUUUGCACUUGCUCUCCUCUACUUCACCGCCGCGCAGCUCUUUGGCCACGAGGAUGGUGGUGGUGGUGGUGGUGGUGAUGACGGGAGUGUUGGGGCUCAGGUGACGAAGAAGCAGAAGAAAAAGGGAGGGAAGCACGCGAAGAUUAAGGCACAGUAAACAUCAACGAGAACCAGCCACAGUAAACCACAGUCAAG